GAUACGUCCAGGCGCCGUUGUUCUUAAGAGAAUUCGUAUAAUCUAAGGCGUCGGCAUCAAGGGUUAAUUUGGGUUGCUACAAAUAUAGGCUAAUAAACAUACUCGAGACUAGUCAGAUAAGCCCUUUAAGGUUCCGACUUGAGACAUUUAGGGUUUUGCUAUUUUGCCUUUUUUAAAUUACCCCUGCUCUCUUAAUGGAUACAAAUUUGCUUUAGUGAAAUCAACUUUAAACGGAUUUUUGUAGUUCAACAGAUUUAUAUCAUCGCCACCACUGUUGCUAUUAGUGAUAAUAAUAUAUAUAUAUAUUUUGCGUGUGGUACUGCUAAUCUCGAAGGGGGCCAUUGGACGGAGGCUACUUUUCCGGUUUCGCUCCCCCCGGUGCGGUCCACACGGCUGACGGAGUCAUUGCAGCUGCACGGUCGACACCGCGGAGUCGCGGGUUUUUGUUGCUGUUGCGCAGAUCUCUUUAAUCCCCACCGUCUGCUGGAUCUGAGGUUAAAGGGCAAGAACCGCCCGGUAAUGUAUUAAGAGCUGGCACUGCGGCGACUCCCUCCAAGACCAGUUGCCGUGUUUUCGCCCUCGUUUGAAACCAGCGGAGAAAUGUCCAGCUGAGCGUUUGAAAUCCUGAAACCGAGGGGGCCUGUGAUGAUUGCUCAGCGCUCCGAUCAUGGCAAACAAGGCACAGGUUUUGUAUGAUUUCACCGCUGAGCUUGGAAAUAAUGAGCUGACCGUGAAAGAAGGCGAGACAGUCACUAUCACCAAUCAGCAUAUUGGAGGGGGCUGGAUUGAAGCACAGAAUUCCAGGGGAGAAGUUGGUCUGGUGCCAGAGGACUACAUCGAGCUCAGUAAGCAGUUCCCGUCAGUUGCAGGGGUGGGAACCACAGCAGCUGCUCCGAGUUUAGGACAUGUUGCUCCUCCAGACCUGUCCUUUUUUGAUGCUUUUGCUCCCGCAUCAGUGACCCCCCAAAACCAGGUCAAUUCUGGGGACUUGAGUCCCCAGCCGGACACCCCUGACACCCCGGCUCCCCCCUCCCUCCCAUCCCUCAAUGAGGUAACAAUUACAGGGGAGGCUAGCAAUGGUAAUGACCCAUGGUCUGUGUGGAACACAGAUGCCACGGGGGGGUCCUCCAACAACUGGGCAUCCAAGCCAGAGGGCAGCCAGACUGGAAAGAGUGCUGCUGCUGACCCCUGGAGCUCUGUAGCCCAGAGCCACCCUCAGGCCUAUCAAGGCCCAGGAGCAGAGGACGACGAGUGGGAUGAUGAAUGGGAUGAUGUCAAGUCCUCUGGAGGUUACGGCGAGUCUGAAUCGGGGGAAAGUGGAGCUAUGCAGAGAGGCGGAGCUCAUGGCUCCUCCAUGAAAAUCUCCCUCAACAAAUUUCCUGGUUUCUCCAAGUCUGGUCCAGAGCUCUACCUCCUGUGCAAGCAGCUUGUUAAGGGCAAAGACAAGCUUAGUAUCUAUAUGGGGGAAGUUGGUCCGGUGUGGUCUUAUCCAGAUAGCCAGCUAGACUGUGUGGUGGCCGACCCCAAAAAAGGCACCAAGAUGUAUGGCCUGAAGAGUUACAUUGAGUACCAAAUCACAGCUAAUACCACAAACAGACCAGUCAAUCACAGAUACAAGCACUUCGACUGGCUAUACGAGAGACUCCUGGACAAGUUUGGGUCAGCCAUCCCCAUCCCUUCCUUACCCGACAAGCAAGUGACAGGGCGCUUUGAGGAGGAAUUCAUCAAGAUGCGUAUGGAGCGUUUGCAGGGCUGGAUGACGCGGAUGUGCAGGCACCCGGUCAUCUCCAGCAGUGAUGUAUUUCAGCUUUUCCUCACCUACAAGGAUGAGAAGGACUGGAAGAUGGGCAAGAGAAAAGCAGAGAAGGAUGAGACGGUGGGAGUGAUGAUCUUCUCCACAAUAGAGCCUGAAGCUGCAGACAUGGACCCUGUAGAAGUGGAGCAGAAAUGUGAGCAGUUUAGCAGGUUUACCAGAGCCAUGGAUGACGGGGUGAAGGAAAUCCUCACGGUGGGCCAGGAGCACUGGAAGAGAUGCACGGGGCCUUUACCAAAGGAAUACCAGAGAAUUGGCAAAGCCUUCCAAAACCUCUCCUCUGUCUUCACCAGCAGUGGAUACCAAGGAGAGGCCACUCUGACGGAUGCCAUGACAGCUGCGGGAAAGACGUAUGAAGAGAUCGCUCAGAUGGUGGCGGAGCAGCCCAAAAAAGACCUCCACUUUCUUAUGGAGACCAACAACGAAUAUAAGGGUCUCCUGGGAUGCUUCCCUGAUACCAUCGGAGUACAUAAGGCAGCCAUAGAGAAGGUGAAGGAGGGUGACAAGCUGGUGGCCACCAGUAAAAUCACCCCUCAGGAAAAGGUCACGAUGGCUAAACGAGUCAGCACCAUGUCAUAUGCACUACAAGCUGAGAUGAACCACUUCCAUAGCAACCGCAUCUACGACUACAACAGGGUCAUGCAGUUGUACCUGGAGGAGCAAGUCAAGUUUUACGAGACGAUUGCUGCAAAGCUGAGACAAGCACACAGUCAGUUUACCACCAUGUAGAAGCAACAGCUGUUAGUCUGAAGAAGCUACAAGAUGAAUCACGCCAGCUUAACAUCCAAAUGUCUUUUAUUUUUCCCCCAUCUCUCUCUCUCUCUCUCUCUCUCUCUCUCUCUCUCUCUCUCUCUCUCUCCCCCUGCCUUAUUGUUUCUUUCUUUGUAGUCAGUUUUAUCCUCUGUCACAGUAUCUCUGAAAGUAUGGCUGGCAUUUAGAAAAGAAAGUUAUAUAACAGUUCUAUCAACAAGUACAAACACUGGUACCUUGAAAUCAACAAUGGUUGUCCAGAUGUGCACUACAUACCACUUCCUGUCAGCAAAUCAUGACCAAGGAAGUCAACAGCUAAGUAAGUAACAGUGUUGCCUUCAUAUUCUUACCUAAUGGACCUCAACCAAGAGUUUCAGUAACUUGGCACAUGUAUUUCUGCAGAAAGUACUUAUGUCCUGCAUUUUGCAAUCUGCAGUACAAACUAUACAUAGCAUGUCACAAUGUGUGCUUUACGUUCCCUUACUUUAAAAGCCUAUCUGGAGAGGGAGACUCCACACUUGUCGCCCGUGAGUGUGCCUGAACACUGCUGGCAGUGCCUCGCCUCUUUUCAUCCUUGACUUCCUCUGUCCCCAACAGGAAGCUCCACCCUCUUAUCAAUGUGCCUUGUCCUCUGGGGAAAGUAGAAAUGCUUUGCUGGUUUCCCCCGUCUGCAUGCAGUGACAUUGCAGUUUACAUUUUCGGGAAGGUCACUGGUGCAUAGAAAUGUUAAAUAUCUGUGCAAAAGUCCAAAUGUACUCGAGUUGAGUUUGUUCAUUUUAUUGCCUCAUGCAUGGAAGCCAAAAGUGCGGGAAACAAUACCUCCCUUGAGUCAGUGCCAAACACAGUGGUUCUAUCGCAGCACGGCAGAAGUGGCCCUUUGUGUUCUUCUUCACGACAAUGAAGUUUUAUAUAAUGGAAUCGACAAUACUUGCAGUCGUAUAGAUGUCUGUUAACCGUGAAAAAUGAAGACUAGUUUGGAGUUUGGGACUGAAACAAGAGAUUUUGUCCUCUAGUUUUGCUGUAACAUUUCACAGCGCAAUCUUCAAUCAUUCUUUAAUCUCAUCCUCUCAUUCUUUGCUUUUCUUAUCACUUGAUAAAUACAAAUAUAUAUCUAUUGGUUAUCGUGUAUUUUUCAGUCAUUUGAGAUAUUACUAUUUUAUGUAUAGAAAUAUUUGCAAUAUGUUUAGAAAGAUGAGCAAAAAUUUUGAAUUGAUUUAUUAAAUACUGAUUUGUAUUCA